UAACGGCCGGCCGGAGAGACGGUGGGUGGUAGGGUCUUGGAACUAUAUGACGAAGCUGUGUUCAACCUUCCACCGGGAAGAUGAAGCUGACGAGUAUGAUAUGUUGUUUGAAUGAGACUGAAUCACACCAGACGACAUCACACAGACUCGGAUACUCUGGCGCCAUUGCUACCCUCCUCCUAAGCAUCCAAUACGACGAAUAUCGGCUACCGAGACGAUGGUCGUGGGCUUGCUUGUCAUAGCGGGCAUUCCCACGACGAUAGGGGUCUGCGAAGCCCUGAGCGCGCAGAAGAAGGCCAAUGAAGCGGCAAAAGAGAAGGCCAAGUUCCGUAUGACGGUCACCGUUUCUCUCGACGAGGAUGGCCCGGUCGAGUGUUGGUGCGUUUUGAAGAACGGCAUGUUGUGGAUCGACCACCCGUCCUUUCCUGUGCCUGGCCACAAGUUCUUUGGGUACUACUUCCCAUACCCGUCCGAGGAGCAGCACUUGGGCAUGGUGAGCACCAUCGCCGACGACCCGCCCAUGCUGAACUGGAUCUAUGUCGAUAAAGACACCAACUUGGUGCGCCAUGGAGGGCGGCAGGCUACGCUGGGACACACCAUUGGCCCAUGGUUCUGGACCAGUGAUGAGAAGUGGCUGACGCUGGAAGGUGACGCGGCCCGCUUUGUGGCGGUUCAGAUGGAAAACAAGAAAUGGGCCAUCGCUUUGGAUCGCGAUGGGUGUUUUUCGGAGGAGGAUGUGAGUGAAAGCGAGGAGGAGGGUGAGAGUGAGGAUGACAGCGAAACGGAGGGGGACAAGGAGGAGCUAUGGCCGGAAGGGGGCGUGUUGAACAGACACCGUUCGCGCCAGUGGGUCCCUGUGUUGCUUCGCCGGCAGCUGCAGUUGGGAAUGGAGAGCCGCUAUGUCAAGGGCGCGAAUGGGUAGGCGAAACGUGGAGGAUGGGGAGGGGGUGUGUGCGUGAGAGUGACGUUGACAUGAGCGAUCGCGGGGGGGAGGAUCAUGUGAAGCUGGACUUGUCUUGUUGGAUGAUGGUGUUUGUGGGUGAGGUGUGAAUGCAUGUUUCAUGUGGGCCGGGAUGAUGUGCCCUGGGGGGGUGUCCCUUGGGGUGUCAUUGGCCUCGGGUGUUGAGUGCUGCAGAGUGCAUCAGGG